UAAAGAGGAAAGAACACGCCCUGACUUCUUUCUUGAAAACAGCGGACGAAAUUAGCACAGGAAAUUAUUGAACAGGAAAUUGCUGUUUGAUUCAACUUUCGUCGGCCCCUUAGCUCUAUAGAUGUGACCUUUUCCUCCCCAAUUGUUACCCUGGCCUUAAUUUUUUAUUAUGGCCGAAAAGUGAAAACCGUGUUGUGAAAGCAUGACUGUGACUGCACACUCUCUAAAUGAGCACUCGAACAAAUUCAAAGAUAUGCACCGGGGGCGUUCGCACCCUGAAGCACCAACGCCAAAGGUUCAACUGGGACUGCGGGCUUACCUGUAUCAUGAUGGUCAUGCCUCAAGAAAAAAGGCAGCAUUUCCAGGAAAAUUUUAAACUUAUCUGCAGUGAGGAGGGCUUCAACAAGAGUACGUGGACCAUCGACCUGGCAUACCUGCUCAAAAAAUUCGAGCUGGAACAUGUUUUUUGCACAAUUACUCUUGGAAUUCAACCAGCGUACGGCAGCCAACCCUUCUACGCCAAAGUCAUUCAAAAGGACGAGGCCCGUGUACUGGAUCGUUUUGUGAGCGCCGAGAGUAGCGGAGUUUGCGUUCAGAAGCGCUCCUUGCCUUUGGAAGAGCUGCUGAGCCACCUCGAGCAGCACGGUCCGGUCAUCGUCCUCACCAACGGCAACCUGCUGCAAUGCGAAAUCUGCAAAAUCAACAAACUCACCUCCGAACUGAGGGCAUGCUUGCCUUGGCCUUCGUCCUACUCUGGUCACUACAUCGUCCUGUGCGGCUUUGAUUUGCCUCGUCAACUUGUCUUUUACCACAAUCCUUCCUAUUCCGAACGUGUGUGUGCGAUUCAUUUUACCAAUCUGGACGAAGCCCGAUUUGGCUACGGCACCGAUGAAGACGCCAUCCUCAUCUUCAACAGCCACAUCGGCUUUGUCCACGGCGCUUCUCCAUUUGUGAGCAACAAUUCACAAAAUACUUCCGACUGAUUAACACGAGCAAAUUGUUACGCAAAGAAAAAUUUAUUUACAUAUACAAAAUUUUUAUUUAAACAAGACUGCAGGGAACAAAUUUUCAAUAAAGCAUUUUCUUGUCAUUUAAAUUUUAAAA